AAGGCGUGACAUGUGGACUGUCAAUCCUCCUGCAGAGUUUCAGCCAGCAUGUCCUGGACCAAGUACCUUCAAUACCGUGCCCUGCCCCUGCCUCCUGGAGCCCACACGGAACAGAGCUUGGAAUAUGCCCAGAACUUCUCUGUGGAGGAUACAGAUGUGUUUGCUGUGACUUAUCCCAAAUCAGGUACAAUCUGGAUGCAAGAGAUCCUCCCGCUGGUGCUGAAUGAGGGGGACCUGACACCCAUCCUAACCGUCCCCAACUGGGACAGAGUUCCCUGGCUGGAGGAGAAGAGGUUACAAGAAGUGGUGGAUCAGUUGCCCUCCCCAAGAGGGCUGGUCACACAUUUUCCUUACCAGUUCAUGCCACCUUCCUUCAAAACUUCCAGUGCCAAGGUGAUCUACGUCAUGAGGAACCCCAAGGAUAUCAUUGUGUCGUCAUAUUACUUCCAUCAGAUGGCGACUUUCCUUGAGGACCCUGGAACUUUGGACGAGUUUAUUGACAAAUUCCUGCAAGGCAGAGUGUUGUUUGGCAAAUGGACGAAUCACUUGAAGAGCUGGAAGCGUGCAGAGUUAGGAGACCGAAUCCUUUUUAUUACAUAUGAGGAAAUGAUUCAGGAUCUUCCUUCAGUUCUACGUAGGAUUUCCGAUUUCUUGGGAAAGAACCUGAGUGACGAAGUCAUUCGGAAAAUAGCAGAUAAUUGUUCCUUCAAGUCCAUGCAGGCCAAUGCAAUGUCUAACUUGAGUUUGAUCCCCAAGGACUACAUGGACACUGAAAAAUCUCCAUUCUUUAGGAAAGGUGUUGCCGGGGACUGGAAAAAACAUUUUAGUGCAGAACAAGUGGCCCGCAUCUCCUCCACCAUUUACAAGGAGCUGGAGGGAGAGAACUUCACUUUGCCCUGGACCCUGGACGGAGCAGCAGACAAGGGAAUAUAAGAUAAAAUGUCAGCGCUGGAAAUUUAGUAGGCCAACAAUCUUCACUAUUAGGAUAUUACAAUACUUGUCUUUUUUGCACUUUUAUUGAGUUAUGGUCAUAUUUGUGCUCUUCCUUCUUAUGUUCACCUGCGUAUCGAGUCUUUUUGUCACGGUUUUAGAGCUCCUGCCAUUUUCUUUGCAUUCCUCCUGCCAUGUGUUUUCACUGGUUUUUGCUCUUCUGUGAUUUAUAGUUUAUUACCUACUAAUUACUACCGCGGUUGUGACAACUACAGUACUUUCUUUCUUUCUUUAGUUUACUUUGAACAUGAACACACUUACAGCAUAAUACAUCACACAAUUUCAUAUAAUUUCUCUAUAUAUCAUGUCCGGAAAGGAGUAGGAAGAAGCAAAGCUAGUUUAAUCCUACACCUUUCCAACUUCAGAGUGUUUACAAAUAUAUACGUUCAUUUACUGACUUCUUUUUAUAGCACAAUGACAUCCUUUGAAUUAUUAAAACAGAAUUUUUAAUUAAGUCAGUCAUGAUAAACAUACUGAGAUUAAGAAUAUCCCAUUUUCAAUAAGGUCGAAGGUAGAGUUGUCCGAUAAUAUCGGGCUGCCGAUAUUAUCGGCCGAUAAAUGCUUUAAAAUGUAAUAUCGGAAAUUAUCGGUAUCGGUUUCAAAAUGAUCGGUAUCUGUUUUAAAAAGUCAAAUGUAUGACUUUUUAAAACGCCGCUGUGUACACGGACGUAGGGAGAAGUACAGAGCGCCAAUAAACCUUAAAGGCACUGCCUU